GGCGGCGUUGGCGGCGAGCGGCGGCCGGAGCCCGCCCGGACGAUUGUCUUUAAAUGUUUGAAGAAGGAACUGAGCCCAGGAGAGUGGAAGUUGCCCUGAGAGACUUCUCAGUGUAAUUCAGGUGUGCCAAAGGAGCAGUUUGUGUGAACUUUUUCUGCUGUGCUGAAGCUUUUGAUCUAAGUAAGCAGUUCUGGGAACCUGCAGAUUAAACGGCUAGAGAGGGUUUUGUAAGAUUCGCAUUGGAAAAGCUGGGAAGCACAGAUUGCACAGAAAUCCCCUCCAGUGUUAUAAAGAAGAUGAGUCUUCCCUUCCUGAGAGGGAGAGAAUGAUUGAGGAGAGUGGGAAGAGGAGGAGGACAAUGGCAGAGAAGAGACAGCUGUUCAUGGAAAUGAGAGCACAGAAUUUUGAUGUCAUCAGACUUUCAACGUAUCGAACAGCCUGUAAACUGCGGUUUGUACAAAAAAGAUGUAAUCUUCAUCUUGUUGAUAUCUGGAAUAUGAUUGAAGCCUUCCGAGAUAAUGGCCUUAACACUUUGGAUCAUAACACAGAGAUCAACGUGUCUCGACUAGAAACAAUCAUUUCAUCCAUCUACUACCAGCUAAACAAACGCCUUCCUUCUACUCACCAAAUCAGUGUAGAGCAAUCCAUCAGCCUCCUCCUCAACUUCAUGAUAGCAGCAUAUGACAGUGAGGGCCAUGGGAAGUUGACGGUAUUUUCAGUGAAAGCUAUGUUAGCAACAAUGUGUGGCGGUAAAAUACUGGACAAACUAAGAUAUAUUUUCUCUCAAAUAUCAGAUUCAAAUGGACUAAUGAUAUUUACAAAGUUUGAUCAGUUUUUGAAAGAAGUUCUAAAACUUCCAACAGCUGUGUUUGAGGGGCCUUCUUUUGGAUACACAGAGCAUUCUGUACGGACCUGUUUCCCACAACAAAAAAAGAUCAUGCUAAACAUGUUUUUAGACACACUGAUGGCUGAUCCACCUCCUCAGUGCCUUGUGUGGCUGCCUCUCAUGCACAGACUUGCGCAUGUUGAAAAUGUCUUCCAUCCCGUGGAAUGUUCGUAUUGCCGGUGUGAGAGCAUGAUGGGUUUCCGGUACCGAUGCCAGCAGUGCCACAACUACCAGCUCUGUCAAAACUGUUUUUGGCGUGGCCAUGCAAAUGGUCCUCAUAGCAACCAGCAUCAGAUGAAGGAGCAUUCCUCUUGGAAAUCACCUGCAAAGAAGCUGAGCCAUGCAAUUAGUAAAUCACUUGGUUGCGUACCAAGUAGAGAACCACCUCGUCCUGUAUUUCCUGAGCAGCCAGAAAAGCCACUUGAUCUUGCACAUAUAGUUCCUCCUCGGCCUCUGACCAACAUGAAUGACACCAUGGUGACCCACAUGUCCUCUGGAGCACCUACACCAACAAAAAGGUUACAGUGCAACCCGGAUACUGCCAGCCGAUUAGCUGACGAGCAUGCACUGAUAGCAACCUAUGUGAACCGGCUGCAGAGUGGUGCACGUGUCCUGGACAGCCCCGGCAGGCUGGACGAGGAGCACAGGCUGAUUGCCAGAUACGCCGCCCGGCUGGCUGCCGAAGCUGGAAAUGCACCUCGCCCACCAACAGACCUGGGUUUCAGCUUUGAUGCCAAUAAACAACAAAGACAGCUGAUAGCGGAGCUGGAAAACAAAAACAGAGAGAUACUCCAAGAGAUUCAGCGUCUCAGGCUGGAACAUGAACAAGCCUCUCAACCCACCCCUGAGAAAGCCCAGCAGAACCCAACUUUACUGGCUGAACUCAGGCUUCUACGACAGAGAAAGGAUGAAUUGGAACAGAGGAUGUCUGCACUUCAAGAAAGCAGAAGAGAACUGAUGGUGCAGCUUGAAGGCCUGAUGAAACUGCUCAAAGAAGAAGAGCAAAAGCAGGCAGUAAGUUGA